CACCCCGUUGUGCAACUGGACCAGAACCAAACCCCCCCCCCGCCCUCUUCUCGGCUCUCGACCCUUCAGCUAAACACAACCACCUUCCACCACCACACUUUGCCAACACCGCCCAAACCCAAACCUGACCCCCGCUGCCCCGCGGCGCCUCACAAUUGAUACUGAGAGCCGGCCAUCGAGCCCGCCCCCGGCGCCGUCAUGUCUCGAGCCGCCAACCCGCCCAGCAACUCGGGGUCUCGCAAGAUAUCCUUCAACGUCAGCGAGCAGUACGACAUCCAGGAUGUCGUCGGCGAGGGUGCCUAUGGAGUCGUCUGCUCCGCCAUCCACAAGCCCUCGGGCCAAAAGGUCGCCAUCAAGAAGAUCACCCCCUUCGACCACUCCAUGUUCUGCCUAAGAACCCUGCGCGAGAUGAAGCUGCUUAGGUACUUCAACCACGAGAACAUCAUUUCCAUUCUCGACAUCCAGAAGCCCCGGAGCUAUGAGACCUUUAACGAGGUUUACCUGAUCCAGGAGCUCAUGGAGACGGACAUGCACCGUGUCAUCCGCACCCAGGACCUUUCGGAUGACCACUGCCAGUACUUUAUUUACCAGACCCUGCGCGCGCUCAAGGCCAUGCACUCGGCCAACGUCCUACAUCGCGAUCUGAAGCCUUCCAACCUGCUGCUCAACGCCAACUGCGAUCUCAAGGUCUGCGAUUUCGGCCUGGCCCGCUCCGCCGCCUCCCAGGAGGACAACUCGGGCUUCAUGACGGAAUACGUCGCCACCCGUUGGUAUCGCGCCCCCGAGAUCAUGUUGACCUUCAAGGAGUACACCAAGGCCAUCGACGUGUGGUCCGUCGGCUGCAUUCUCGCUGAGAUGCUCAGCGGCAAGCCCCUGUUCCCCGGCAAAGACUACCACCACCAGCUCACUCUGAUCCUGGAUGUCCUCGGCACGCCCACGAUGGAGGACUACUACGGAAUCAAGUCGCGUCGCGCCCGCGAGUACAUCCGCUCGCUCCCCUUUAAGAAGAAGGUGCCGUUCCGGACCCUGUUCCCCAAGACGUCGGAUCUCGCGCUCGACCUUCUCGAGAAGCUCCUGGCCUUCAACCCGGUCAAGCGCAUCACGGUCGAGGAGGCCCUGAAGCACCCGUACCUGGAGCCCUACCACGACCCCGAUGAUGAGCCGACGGCGCCCCCUAUCCCGGAGGAGUUCUUCGACUUUGACAAGCACAAGGACAACCUCAGCAAGGAGCAGCUGAAGCAGUUCAUCUACCAGGAGAUCAUGCGGUGAUAUCGUGUCGCCCGCGGCGCUUUAUAGAGAGGGAUCUGGUGGACAUUGGGAGGGGGGUGUGGAGCGACUGGCCCUCGUGGGCCCCGGCACCUGUCGCCUCAGGAUUGCCGUUGCGCUGAACGUCUGGCCACGAGGUUUCCUGUUGGAUGAUUGAUACCAUUUGUCGGAGGAUUACGGGUCUGGGCUGGACUUUGGGCGGGCGGAGCCUUUACCGCAGGCGGGCCUCGCGUGUGCCGCGCUGGUGUCGGGAUGCGCCCGCCGGCCAAGGUUUUAGUACCUAAUCAAAUAGCCCCAGAGAGUGUAGUAUAAAGGCUGGUGAGGAGUGAGUUGCCUCUGGGAGAGCGGGGUAAACGCUUGGGGGCGGAUCUGUCUCUCUUC